GCCUACAGGCACUGGGCGCUCCAGGGGUCUCUGUGUCGUAAAGGGGGCUUAAUCUUCCCUCACACCCGAGCCCUCAUCCCUCCCAAGACGCCUGCGCCCCUCUGCUCCGCCCCCAACCCUUCCUGAUGGUCGGGCUACGACUAAACUACAGUUCCCAGAGUGCAUAGCGCCGAAAUCUGUACCCGGAGAAUCAGGUGGCCGGAGUCCGGUGACUUCUGGUCCGCCCUCACCCCAAGUCAAGCCGGCCGGGGGAAGCGGGUGCAGUCACAAACGGCUCCUGCGUGCCGUGUGUUGGGUUCCCCGGGCCUAGAGGAUCUCAGUUCUUUGAAAUUGAAGAACAUGAUAAGCAGUUGGCUGAUGAUUUCUAUCCUUCUUCCCCUGAAGUUCAUAGAGAAAUGUGAGUCGACAGUCGAUCUCACUGUUCCUCCCACUGUGAAGCUGGAAAAUGGAAGUUCGGCCAACAUCAGCAUCACCCUUCAGCAUCCGUUAAAUGCAACUUUGGUGAUCACUUUUCAAAUCACAUUUCGUUCAAAAAAUGUUACUAUCCUUGAGCUCCCUGAUGAAGUUGUGGUGCCUCCCGGCGUGACAGAUUCCUCUUUUCAAGUGACGUCUCAAAAUGUUGGACAACUUACUGCUUAUCUGCACGGAAACCAUUCCAACCAGACCGGCCCGAGGAUCCGCUUCUUGGUCGUCCACAGCAAUAUCGUUAGCAUCAUAAACCAGGUGAUUGGCUGGAUUUACUUUGUGGCCUGGUCCAUUUCCUUCUACCCUCAGGUGAUCACCAACUGGAGGCGGAAAAGUGUCAUUGGUCUAAGCUUUGACUUCGUGGCGCUGAACCUGACAGGCUUCGUGGCCUACAGUGUGUUCAACGUUGGCCUCUUCUGGGUGCCCUACAUCAAGGAGCAGUUUUUCCUCAAGUACCCCAAUGGAGUGAACCCCGUGGAUAGUAACGACGUCUUCUUCAGCCUGCACGCAGUCGCCCUCACCCUGGUUAUCAUCGUGCAGUGCUUCCUGUACGAGCGAGGCAGCCAGCACGUGUCCUGGCCUGCCAUCAGCUUCCUGGUGCUCUCGUGGCUCUUUGUGCUCAUCACCAUGAUUUUGGCUGCAGUCGGGGUAACCACGUGGCUGCGGUUUCUCCUCUGCUUCUCCUACAUCAAGCUCGCGGUGACGCUGGUCAAGUAUUUUCCACAGGCCUACAUGAACUUUUACUACAAAAGCACUGAGGGCUGGAGCAUUGGUAACGUGCUUCUGGACUUCACCGGGGGCAGCUUCAGCCUCCUCCAGAUGUUCCUCCAGUCCUACAACAAUGACCAGUGGACACUGAUCUUUGGAGACCCAACCAAGUUUGGACUCGGCGUCUUCUCCAUCUUCUUCGAUAUUGUCUUCUUCAUUCAGCACUUCUGCUUAUACAGAAAGAAACCAGGGUAUGACCAACUGAACUAGCACCCAGGGACCCAGCAUAAAUGGCCCAGGCCCUGCGCCCGCCACGAAGGCUGGGGCAGAGUCUGGAGUGCAGGGCUGGCGCCUUGUGCUGACAGUGUUGAAGCGCUCUCUUCCUCGGGGCCAAACGCCUUAUGCGCAAACCAGCCUGCCUUCAGCCAGGAUUCUCCCAGGCCGGGCUGGGGAGGAACCUCUCUCUGAGACAGACAGCAGAUUCUGCUCUGAUACGGAAAACCACACUGCUGACGGCCCUUCCCAGGCCUUGCCGGCCAGGCAUCUGGCCCUCCUGCAUCUUGAUGCCACCGUCUUUAUUUUCUUUAAGGCUUCAGGCAGCACACACGGGUUCUGACAGCCGUCCCAGGCAGGAUUGAGUGCUGAGCUUGGAGCCGAAGGCCUUGACCUAAACAACCAGUGUUUCUGGGAGCAGCUUGAAGGACUGACCCUGCAGUUGUGAACCAAGGGCGCUUUGCUGCCACUGCCGUGUUCCCAGAGACCAAGCAGCCUGGUGACGUGGCCAGUGGACUCAGAGGUGCUGGUGCUGGUGGCAGAGGGGAUAGGAUAUUGGGGUCAGGCCUUUGGGGUCCCUUCUCUGAAGGCCACAAUCUCUGAGCACUCACCGUCCUGACACUCCUACAUAAUUCAACUCCCACAACUUAAUCGCAGGUGGCCCCGGCCAGGGUCUGGCAAAGAAACUGUAUUUCUGAGCCUUGAAGUGCCCAACAGAUUGGUUCUGAGCUAGGCUUAUGCCCAAUCCCUCUGGAUCUUUAUCACACUAACCCCUUUUGGAUUUUUUUGAGGGAUGUUUUGGAAGUAAGUAGCUUAAUUUCUUCACCUUCUGCCUACCUCCACUUUCCCAGAGUCUGGGGCCCCACGUAAUCCCCUCCAACUGCUCCUCAUCCUGCAUCUGGAGUAUGGGAUGGACGCGCGCGCGCGCACACACACACACACACACACACACAAACCUGUGCCUUAGAGGCCUGUAAGACCUGCCAAUUGGUGAGUGUAGCUCCCCUACAGGGGAAAACUGGCCCCCUUCCCUCACUUCCCCCAGAUUCCUACCUGAGCCUCACCAAUUUUUUGGCUGUUCAGGAGCCUGAGCCUGACAUACGGACUUGAAACCACCUCACACAAUCCUCAUGGGCCCAACCUUUAUUCCAAACCCCCUUCUCUUCUAUCCCAGGCAGCUCUCCUUCCUGUGGCAGGAGGGGAGUGUCCCAGGAUGUGCCUUGUCAGUUCACUCUCAAGACUUUUUUACUACGAGA